UGUUCUCCUCAGAUCAGUGACCGAUCUCACGAUCUCACAGUCGCAGAUUUCGUUUCCACUUUAUUUGACUUUCUCGGGAAAUCUGGCCGAGCCUUGAAGAUUUGGAUUCUGUAAAUUUCCCACCUGCGUUAAUACCAUUACCUAGACAUAUACAGGAACAUAUUACUACAUACUGACAUUAUCAGCUGUUGGAGUGGGUCUUCGAUUGGUUCACAGUUUUUGAAUUCUAGGGUUUUUUUGGAAAGUUUUCGACUCCCUGAUAUAGAGAUCAGUGUAAUCUGCAAUAUAGAGAUCAGUUUUAGGUUUAGAUAGGAAGUAGUUUAUUUUGUUUUUUCUUUAUAAGAAAUGGAGAAGAAGAGAGUAGCGGUUCCGCUCGUCUGCCAUGGCCAUUCGAGGCCGGUUGUGGAUUUGUUCUACAGUCCGAUUACUCCAGAUGGCUUCUUUCUCAUCAGUGCCAGCAAGGAUUCCAGCCCCAUGCUUAGAAAUGGAGAGACAGGAGAUUGGAUUGGUACAUUUGAAGGGCACAAGGGUGCAGUUUGGAGUUGUUGCUUGGAUACAAAUGCUUUGCGUGCUGCUUCUGGUUCAGCAGACUUUACUGCGAAAAUAUGGGAUGCAGUAACAGGGGAUGAGUUGCACUCAUUUGAACACAAGCAUAUUGUUCGGGCUUGUGCUUUUUCAGAGGAUACUAACUUUCUGCUGACUGGUGGAGUUGAAAAAGUCCUUCGCAUUUAUGAUUUAAAUCGCCCUGAUGCAUCUCCAAGAGAAGUGGAUAAGUCUCCUGGUUCAGUCAGAACUGUUGCAUGGCUCCACAGUGAUCAAACGAUAUUGAGCUCAUGUACUGAUAUGGGUGGCGUCAGAUUAUGGGAUGUAAGAACUGGUGAUGUAGUCCGGACUCUUGAAACUAAAUCUCCCGUCACUAGUGCUGAAGUGAGUCAAGAUGGGCGUUACAUCACAACUGCUGAUGGGUUUACUGUGAAGUUUUGGGAUGCAAAUCAUUAUGGGCUGGUCAAGAGCUAUAACAUGCCAUGCACUGUAGAGUCAGCAUCUUUGGAACCAAAAUUUGGGUACAAGUUCAUUGCCGGGGGAGAAGAUAUGUGGAUACGUGUCUUUGAUUUCUACAAUGGUGAAGAGAUUGCAUGUAACAAGGGUCACCAUGGUCCCGUGCACUGCGUUCGUUUCUCACCGGGAGGGGAGUCAUAUGCAUCAGGGUCCGAGGACGGAACCAUCAGAAUCUGGCAAACUGGCCCUGCCACACACGAUGAUGGUGAGACAAUUACCGCUAACGGGUUGGCUGGAAAGGCGAAUUUUACAUCGGAUGAGGUCUUGCGCAAGAUUGAGGGCUUCCACAUAGCCGAUGAGGGGAAGAGUAAAGAGAAAGAAGAUGCUGCAAACGCUUAACACGGCUAAUUAUGUGUAUAUAUUAUUGCUUGUUGACCUACCUCUAGGGCAUAGUUUUGAAUCCCUUUUCCACGAAACCGUAACUUAGACAAGUCCUAGGAUAAAUGUGUGAUUAUAGGACUCGUAUUAGUUUCACAUGGAUUUCAGCCAUCAUCUACUGUCAAUUUGAUUGAAGGCUGUGGGAUAGAAGAGCUUUCAAGUUUGAUCCCUGGCUGGCUCUGUUUAUUUUCAUCACUUUGGUUUUGAGAUGAAUCAAAAAGUUGAGGUUGAAAGCUGAUA